AUGUCUUCUGUUGGGCUUCGAGACGGCGACUUGCAGAAUUGGCAUUUCUUGAGGCGGCAAUUGGUUGGUAUUGGGGCCGCUGCCUCUGUGCCUCUGAUUCAGUUUGCCAGUUUUGGAUUUGGGGAGUCGUCGAGCUCCCAAAACGGCCUCUGCACCGCCGCCGCAAUCGCGUUGUUCGUCUCAAGUGACCUCGUCAAGACGCCGCCCGACUUCACCUCCUUAGAAGACGAAGACGAGACGAUCGCCUAUGCCGGCCACGCGCCUUGGCGAAUAGAAGACGAGAUGAAGACAAGACGAGAGGCUUGGAACUCGGAUUCCGGCUCCCUCCGCCGCUGCUCACAUGGCUCCUCCGCCUCCCAUGCAAAUCAAAAGGAAUCAGGCAUGUUCGAAGGAAUAACUUCAUUGCUAGACGAUUCUGACUCUGGUUCCUCUGGCAAUACUACUACUUAUAACGUGCUUAAUUUCCGGGCAACUGGAGAUGGAUCUACGGAUGAUACCCAGAUAGAUGGAACCCUAAUCGCACCAAGUGAUCCAUCAGAAUGGAAAUGCAAGGACGAUAAGUGCAGUAAAUGGAUCACCUUUCACAACCUCAAUCACCUUUCCAUUUCAGGGUCUGGUACUAUCAAUGGCCAGGGAACACAAUGGUGGGCUUGCAAGGACUGUGGGACCAAACCAAGGGGAUUUACGCUAUCAGACUCCAACAAUGUGUAUAUCAGUGACCUAACUUUCAUGGACAGCCCCCAAAAGCACAUUGCCUUGGAAAGGUCGACAUGGGUACAUGCUACUAAUCUGACCAUCACCGCACCUGAGAACAGCCCCAACACCGACGGGAUUCAUGUUCAACAAUCUCGAAACGUCUUCAUAGAACAAACUCUCAUCGGCACUGGUGAUGACUGUAUUUCCAUUGGAGAUGGUUCGGCAUAUCUCAACAUCAGUGGGAUCACAUGUGGACCAGGUCAUGGCAUAAGUGUGGGAAGUCUAGGUUUUAAUGGGGCAAACAACACAGUUGAGCAUGUCUACGUAAGCGAUGUGGUUUUCAGAGGAACUUCAAAUGGAGCAAGAAUAAAGACAUGGCAGGGAGGGAAAGGAUACGCAACGGACAUUACGUUCCAACGGAUAACUACUUUUGACUCACGAUACCCCAUCAUCAUCGAUCAAUUCUAUUGUGAGCCCAAUCAAACAUGUCUAACUCAAGUAAGCAUUUCUCUCCGCUCCGUCUUUUUUGAUUUGGAUAUUCCGAGUUCUACAUCAGCGGUGGAAGUUAGUAACGUGAAAUACAUUGACAUACAUGGCACAUCGAGUGGAGAGACUGCAGUAAAAUUUGCAUGCAGCAAGACAGUUCCGUGCACAGACAUAUCCAUGAACGACAUCGACCUCACCAGUGAUGGUACAAGCAAUACAAUAUCGUCGUGUCAAAAUGUUCAAGGCAAGCAGCAUGAUGUUUUCCCCAGCGUCCCUUGCUUGACAUCAAAUUAAGGUCAUCACACAAGUGUUACAAAUCCCUGUUGGGGACUAUACAUACAAUGUUCAUUUUCACAUUGAAAUUUCGUAAAGGCGGUGAUAGCAGAUUCGAAAAGUUUCGAUUGUACUCCCUUUGUACCAAUUUGUUUGUCUGGAUUCCAAUUCAUUAAUUGACAUUAUAGUUA